AAGCGGCUCUGCCCCUGUCAGCGCCCAUGGACGACGCCCAGGAACAACACAUCCUCACUGGGAACAAAUAAAGUCGACGAGCGACGCUUUGUUCCCCCGUUUCCUCUCGGUCGACCGUUCACCUAUGAUGGAACGGGCGAUGGAGCAGCUCAACGUACAGCUCAGCCGGCUGACCCGCUCCCUCCGCCGGGCCAGGACCGUGGAACUCCCGGAAGACAAUGAGACUGCAGUGUAUACACUCAUGCCAAUGGUCAUGGCUGACCAGCACAGGUCAGUGUCAGAGCUACUGCUCAACUCCAAGUUUGAUGUGAACUACGCCUUUGGACGGGUGAAGAGAAGUUUGCUGCACAUUGCUGCCAACUGUGGUUCAGUGGAGUGUCUGGUGCUGCUGCUGAAGAGAGGAGCCAAUCCAAACUACCAGGACAUCUCAGGCUGCACCCCACUGCACCUCGCUGCCAGGAACGGACAGAAGAAGUGUAUGGGCAAACUGCUGGAAUACAACGCUGAUGUUAACAUCUGCAACAAUGAGGGACUGACUGCAAUCCACUGGCUGGCAGUGAACGGGCGGACUGAGCUUCUCCAUGAUCUGGUCCAACAUGUGACUAAUGUGGAUGUGGAGGACGCGAUGGGGCAGACAGCUUUACAUGUAGCCUGUCAGAACGGACACAAAACUACGGUGCUGUGUCUUCUGGACAGCGGAGCCGACAUCAACCGACCAAAUGUCUCCGGAGCAACACCUCUUUACUUUGCCUGCAGUCACGGCCAAAGAGACACAGCACAGAUCCUGCUCUCUAGAGGUGCCAAAUACAUCGCUGACAAGAAUGGAAUCACUCCUAUGGAUCUGUGUGUGCAGGGAGGAUACGGGGAGACCUGUGAGAUCCUCAUCCAGCACCACGGCAGACUCUUCCAGACUCUCAUCCAGAUGACACAGAAUGAUGAUAUCAAAGAGAAUAUGCUCAGGCAGGUUCUGGAGCAUGUCUCUCAGCAGAGUGACAGUCAUUAUCAGAGGAUCUUAACCAGUCUUGCUGAGGUUGCAACCACCAAUGGACACAAGCUGCUCAGCCUGUCCAGCAGUUACGAGGCUCAGAUGAAGAGUCUGCUGAGAAUCGUUCGUAUUUUCUGCCACGUGUUCCGCCUUGGGCCUUCAUCACCCAACAACGGCAACGACAUGGGCUACAAUGGCAACAAGACGCCUCGCAGCCAGGUCUUUAAGAUGUGUGUGAGACAGAUGGAUGUGGAGACGAUACAAAAAGACGGGUGUUCCUGGACAGGUUCUCCUUUCUUAGAUCCGUUGGAGCUGCUGUGGCACUCUCUGGACGAGUGGCUGGUGCUGAUCUCCACAGAGCUGGACAGGAACAGGAAGAACCCCUCCUCUUCCUCCUCCACCUCCAGCAGCGAGAUAGCCUCUCUGCUUCUCAAACAGCGGGAGGUCGACCACUCCGGCUCCACUCCCAAGCUCCCCUCCUCGUUGGACCGUCAGAUCGUCAUGGAAACAGAGGCGUACGCUGACGGGGAGGAUGUCAUCUCCAUGACAGCCAAUCGGCUCAGCGCUGUGAUCCAGGCCUUCUACAUGUGCUGCUCCUGUCAGAUGCCACAAGGAAUGACGUCCCCUCGCUUCAUUGAGUUUGUCUGCAAGCAUGACGAGGUGCUGAAGUGUUUUGUAACCAGGAAUCCAAAGAUCAUCUUCAACCACUUCCACUUCCUGCUAGAGUGUCCAGAGCUGAUGUCACGCUUCAUGCAUAUCAUUAAGGGCCAGCCCUUCAAGGAUCGCUGUGAGUGGUUCUAUGAGCAUCUGCUGGCCGGUCAGCCAGACUCAGACAUGGUUCAUCGUCCGGUCAACGAGAACGACAUUCUGCUCAUCCACCGAGAUUCCAUAUUUAGGAGUAGCUGUGAGAUGGUUUCCAAGUCCACCAACGAGAAACUCAAACAAGGCAUUGCUGUCCGCUUCCAUGGAGAGGAGGGGAUGGGUCAAGGUGUUGUUCGGGAGUGGUUUGACAUCCUGUCCAAUGAGAUCAUCAACCCAGACUACGCUUUGUUCACUCAGUCAGCUGAUGGUACAACUUUCCAGCCCAACAGUAACUCCUCAGUGAACCCAGACCAUCUAAACUACUUCCGGUUUGCAGGUCAGAUCCUGGGUCUGGCUCUGUAUCACCGCCAGCUGGUCAACAUCUACUUCACCCGCUCCUUCUACAAACACAUACUGGGUAUCCCUGUGAACUACCAGGAUGUGUCGUCCAUCGAUCCAGAGUACGCUAAGAACCUGCAAUGGAUCCUCGAUAACGACAUCAGUGAUCUGGGUCUGGAGCUCACCUUCUCUGUGGAGACAGACGUGUUCGGAGCCAUGGAGGAAGUCCCACUCAAACCAGGAGGCAUCAGUAUCCUAGUCACCCAGGAUAACAAGGCUGAGUAUGUCCAGUUGGUGACAGAGCUGAGGAUGACACGAGCCAUCCAGCCUCAGAUAAACGCCUUCCUGCAAGGAUUCCACACCUUCAUCCCCCCCUCGCUUAUCCAGCUUUUCGACGAAUACGAAUUGGAGCUCCUGCUGUCAGGGAUGCCAGAGAUCGAUGUUCAGGAUUGGUGCAGGAACACUGAAUACACCAGUGGCUACGACCCUCAGGAGCCAGUCAUUCAGUGGUUCUGGGAGGUGGUGAGGAGUCUGACCCAGGAGGAGCGAGUCCUGGCGCUUCAGUUUGUCACUGGAAGUUCCAGGGUUCCUCACGGAGGCUUCGCCUACCUGAUGGGUGGCAGCGGUUUACAGAAGUUCACCAUCGCUGCAGUGCCGUACACCUCCAACCUACUGCCUACCUCCAGUACCUGCAUCAAUAUGCUCAAACUCCCAGAAUACCCGAGCCAGGAGGUCUUGAGAGACCGGCUGCUGGUGGCGUUGCAUUGUGGGAGCUACGGGUACACCAUGGCAUAAACAUCAUAUCCCCCCCCCCCGCUGCUGCUGGGAAGGUCUGCACACUCAUGCGACGCUCCCUCCUCCACAGAUACUCACUCUGUGCUUUUGCUGGACAAAAAAAAAUAAAAAGGGAAAUCCAGAUUGUUAUGAAAAAACUGCUGGAGAAGCUGAACAGACAGAGCUCUGCCUCCAACAGCUCAUACCUGUGCCAGUAAUUCUUUUCUUUUGUUUUGUUCUGACUGAUGCUGGUAUCUGGUGAUUUAUGCAAAUGAUAAUUUAAAAAAAAUCUUUAAAUAUGAUUAUUUUCAUUUUUACAUUUAUUUAAGAAAAACAGCUUUUAUACCAUAAAUCCCCUAUUUAAAACACAGGAUUAUAGUCACAGUAGUAUAUAUUAGUGCAAGCUUACUGUGUGUCAAAUAUCAACCAUGUUUAAGGGGCUUCCACUUAUAAAACAGUCUGACUCAGAUUGUGCCUAAAUUUUAGAUUGCUGUAUUUUAUUAGCUGUU